GGGUGCCAGCGCCAGCAAGCAGCAGCAAGCAUCGCUACUCUUCCCAUAUUCCUACCUGCAUGCGCCCGCCGUCCCUGGCAGCCCUGAUGCACACAGCCCGACAUGGCGCCGCUUGAGCAGCAAUGGGUCAAGGUCCAGCAGAAGACGUUCACCAAAUGGCUGAACAGCAAGCUUAAGACGCGCGCAGUUGAGAUUGGCGAUCUGAUCACUGACCUCUCUGACGGCAUCAUACUCAUCCACCUCCUCGAGAUCCUCAGCAACGAGUCCCUUGGCCGCUAUGCCUCGCGCCCAAAGCUGCGGGUGCAGAAGUUUGAAAAUGUCAACAAGUCGCUGGACUACAUCCGGAGUCGGGGCAUUCAGAUGACCAACAUCGGCGCAGAAGAUGUCGUCGACGGCAACAGCAAGAUCAUCCUGGGACUGAUAUGGACCCUUAUUCUGCGCUUCACCAUCAGCGACAUCAACGAGGAAGGCCUGAGCGCCAGGGAGGGUCUCUUGCUGUGGUGUCAGAGGAAGACGGCCUGCUACGACGAGGUCGAGGUUAGGGACUUUUCGAGCAGCUGGAACGAUGGACUGGCAUUCUGUGCUCUCCUCGACAUCCACCGCCCCGACCUGAUCGACUACGACAGCCUCGACAAAAGCGAUCACCGUGGAAACAUGCAGCUCGCCUUCGACAUCGCCUCCAAAGAGAUUGGCAUCCCUGACCUCCUCGACGUGGAAGAUGUGUGCGAUGUUGCGAAGCCUGACGAGCGAUCCCUGAUGACAUACAUCGCCUACUGGUUCCACGCCUUUUCCCAGAUGGAACGAGUGGAGAACGCCGGCCGCCGGGUAGAGAAGUUUGUACAAAACAUGCAAGGAGCAUGGCAGAUGCAAAACGACUUCGAGAAGCGCAUGCGUGAGCUCCUCGCACAGAUUGCCAGGCAGAAAACAGAGUGGGAGGAGGCCACGUUCGAUGGCUCAUACAUAGAUGCCAGGAAACAGUCUACAGAGUUCACAGCGUGGAAGCGCAAGAGCAAGCGGAAUUGGGUAGCAGAGAGGUCGGACCUGGUGGGACUCUUGGGCAACAUCAAGACGAAGCUCGCUACAUACCGACUGCGGCCAUACGAUCCGCCAGCAGAGUUGAGUUUGGAAGCGUUGGACACGGCAUGGACAGGUCUGAUGAAAGCCGAACGCGAUCGAUCCCAAAUCAUCAACGAGACGAUCCGAGAUAUCAAAAACGCACUGCGCAAGUCAUUUGCCGACAAAGCAAACGAUUUUGCUCUCGCUCUCAAUACGCUGUCAACUUCGAUAUCUGGUCUGGAAGGAGAAGUCGAGGACCAACUGGAGCAUACAAAGGAGAUUAGCAAAUCUCUUGCGCCAUUAGACGAAUACCUGAAUCUUAUCGCUUCUAUCGACGAGCAAUGCGCCCAAGCAAAUAUCGAAGAAAACGACUUCACGACCUACACAUAUGACGAGCUAGAGUACGAACUAGGCCUGGUGCGCAGCUCCGUGUCCAAAAAACUCGCCUUCCUAGAGAAUCAGAUGGUAGCUCGAAAUAUGACAAAUCUUACACCAAUCCAACUUGAGGAGUUUGAAUCAGUCUUUAGACAUUUCGAUCGCGACUUGUCAAACUCGCUUGCGGAACUGGAAUUCUCGGCGGCACUGGCGAGUUUAGGUCUCGUAUAUGACGAGGAAGAGAUGCACCUGAAGUUCAGCGAAACGAGUGGUGGGCGUGACCAUGUUACGUUUGAACAGUUUAUCCGCUUCAUGGUCGACGAAACAGAAGACCAGAACACGGCUGAGCAGGUGUUCGAAUCAUUCAAAGAAGUUGCUGAUGGCAAGCCCUACGUCACAGAAAUGGACCUCCGCCAUUCCCUUGUCCCCGACGAAGUCAUUGAAGACCUUCUCUCUAGUAUGCCUGAGCACAAGGGCCCCGACAUGCAAGACGAUCGCGAUAUGCAAAAGUUCGACUACAUCACCUACAUGGAGCGGUACAUGAGCGCAAAAAACAAUAAUGGCCUGGUUAACGGUGGGUAGAAUCCCUCAAAUCCAUGGCACAGGAAUACGCUCACUCCAGCGUUUGUAUAACCCUUUGUGUGUCUUUGAUAGUCCGGAUUGGACAUGAUUUGGAAAGCCUGGCAUGUGCACAGGCGAAAUUGGAUACAUUCAUCUUUUUGUUUUUUGGUUAGUGUGGCGCCUCCCUUUUUUGGAUGCUCGGUGGGUUUUGCAUAGCGCUUGUGUGGGUGUGGGACUCGGCGAUUCUGGGAACGUACCGCGCGAGCUGCUGGGCGUGACUUUCUGGAGCUGAUUGAGAGCAUCUUUUGCUUUUCAGGUUGGAUACCAUGCAGAUAGAUGUUUCGAAAUAGUCAUACCCCGUCAUGAUAAUGUAAUGAUGUCCUUUUUCUCGAGGCGGC